AUGUCCCCUCCCCACCUCCUAACCACACUCACAGCCCUCCUCACCACCCUCCUCCUCCUCACCUCCUUCUCCCUAACAACCUACACCCUAACGACCUACCUCCACCUCGCGCACACCGCAACAUCCCUCGUGCCGAAGGUCAUCACCCACGACACCGCCAUCAUCGCCACAACAUCCUACCAUAUCUUCACGACGAUCCUGACCUGCCUCACACUCAUCACGUUCUACUUUCUCUUCCCUAGAUUCAUCACAAAGUCAAGUGGAAACAGCAACCCCUCAUGGAUCCAAAAAGCACUGACAUCCCUCGCAACCCUCCUUCUCACGACAAGUCUCCUCGCCUUCACGGUCAUCCUGGCUACCAGAAAGAUGUCCUUUGGGGACGUGGGCCCGCGUGUUACUGUCUAUUUAGAUGAGAGUUUGGGCGAGGAGAGUUUGCUUUAUAGGGAUGAUGGGAGGGGGGUUGCCGGGUUGGUGGUCGGGUGGGUGGGUUGGUUUGGUGUAGUGGUUUUGUGUGGAAUGAUGUUUGUUGGAGGGAAGGAAGAGAAGAAGGGAGAUGGGAUGUGGGUGGAGAAGGGGGAGGUGGAGGAGAGUAGUAGGGCGGAGAGUGUGUAA